UCAAACGGAAGAUGGCGGCUGAGAAAGACACCGAUGGAGACAAACAGAAUAGAAGGGGCACGGUGUGUAACGUGGUGAUCAGCCAGGACACGUGUCCGAGGGGCCGCCAGCCGAUCAUCUUCAACCCGGACUUCUUCGUGGAGAAGCUGCGGCACGAAAAGCCGGACGCAUUCACGGAGCUGGUGCUUAGCAACAUCACGCGGCUCAUCGACCUCCCCGGGACCGAGUUCGCGCAGCUCCUGGGGGAGGUGGACCCCAAGGUGCCCAACGCCGGGGGGUUCUUCCGCAACUUCCUCAAGCGCAAAGAUAAAGACGUGGUCUUCGGAAUGCCUUUGACAGAGGAAGGCAUUGCUCAAAUAUACCAGCUCAUUGAGUUCUUGAGCAAAAACCUCCACGUGGAGGGCCUGUUCCGGGUUCCAGGUAACAGCCUGAGACAGCAGGCUCUGAGGGAGAUGCUGAACGCUGGGGUGGACGUGCACCUGGAGGCCGGGGACUACCACCCCAACGACGCUGCCACGCUACUGAAGGCCUUCCUGGGGGAGCUGCCCGAGCCCCUGCUGACCCACCGCCACUACCACGCCCACCUCAAAAUCGCAGACCUCACCCUGUUCGAUGAGAAGGGGAACAAGACGGCGACGCCGGACAAGGAGCGGCAGAUCGAGGCCCUGCAGCUGCUGCUCCUGCUGCUCCCUCCCGCUAACCGCAGCCUCCUCAAGCUGCUGCUCGACCUGCUGUACCAGACCGCCAAGCAGCAGGACAAGAACAAGAUGUCUGCCCACAACCUGGCCCUCAUGUUUGCGCCCCACGUCAUCUGGCCAAAGAAUGUGGCUGCAAAUGAUCUUCAAGAAAACUUAAAAAAGCUCAACAACUGCAUGACUUUCCUGAUAAAGCACUCUCAGAAGCUGUUUCGGGCUCCCCCUUAUAUCCGGGACCAUGCCAGGAUGCAGUUCUCAGGGUCAAAGAUUCUUCAGUCAAGGGACGACCUGGACCUCCUGCCGGCGAACGGGGGCGAGGACGCGGCGCCAGCGAAGCGGCCGUGUCAGGACGCAGGUUCGAGCCAGCACCACACCGAGGAGGCCCUGAAGGAGCUGUUCCGCCACGUCAACCACAACAUGCCCGACUCGGCCAAGAAGAAGAAACUCAUACGCCAGUUCGCAAAGCAGUCCACCCCUGGGACGCCAGUGUACGAUUGCCAGACCCCGCCGGGCAAGAAACACACCCGCUCGAAGUCGUUCGGGGGGCUCAUUAAGAGGAAAGUUUUGGGGAACCAGGUCGCCACGGAGAAGAGGGGCAGGACUGUUUCUCCGGAGGGGGCCAGCAUCGCGGACAGACGUGGGAAAGAGAACGCUGUUCCAGACGCCAGGACCGUGAAUUCUCCAGGUGUGGUCAAAGUGUGUCCCAAGGCCGCUGAUGAUCUAAAGAGGGAGAAGGUAUCCUCCAGCCUCACUAGGGCCUGCUUCUCCCCUGCGCAGGAAUCUGGCGUUUAGGUCCACAGCUCUCCCCGAC